AUGGAAAUAGAAAGAUCAGACAUGACUAUGUCACUGCAGGAACAGCGUUUAUGGGACUUCUAUUCGGAUGAUGAGGGUGAAAUGAACAUCACUGAGGUUACUGGCAAUAGAUGUGGGAUCAAGGAGCCAGAAGAUGCCCUGCGGAAGGAUUAUUCAGCAGGAGAGUAUGAGACGUCAGUCAGCCAAGAGAAACAAGAUGACCUCAGAUCAAUCAACGCAAGCUUCAUUCAAGUACGACAAGGCAUCAACGGAAAUGUUUGUACAUUUAAAUUGCAGACAGAAAAAGCUGACCACUGGAAACAAGAGACUAUGAACGAGCUUCAAAAACUUUUGGAGUUAAAGCAGAAGAGGAAAGCUAGGAGAACACAAGUGCCCAAGAUACAACCGGUUCCUGAAACUGAUCCUGAUUUUGUGGAUGAAGAUGAUUUCCUGGCAGCAGCAACAGAUAACAAAUUGCCAUUGAUUGAAAAAUAUCUCGCCAGAGGUGCAGAUCCCAACGCAUGCGAUAAUUUCAACCGUAAUGCUCUUCACAGAGCUUGUUCAAAAGGCAACGUGGAAAUUGUGAAGAGGUUACUGGAGGCUGGAGCCAUGAUUGAAAAUAAGGACAAGCUUGAUGCCACUGCUGUUCACUGGGCCUGUCGAGGGGGAAGUUUACCAGUGCUAGAACUGCUGCUUAACCAAAAUGGAAAACUUACUUCAAGAGACAAGCUAAACAGCACUCCUCUGCAUGUGGCCGUGAGAACGGGACACUACGAAUGUGCCGAAUAUCUUAUCCACUGCGGCGCAGACAUCAAUGCCAAAGACAGGGAAGGGGAUACUCCGAUGCAUGAUGCAGUCAGACUCAACAGAUUCAAGUUUAUUGAACUACUUCUGCUGCACGGAGCAAAUCUGAAACUAAAGAAUUGUGAAGGGAAGUCACCAAUGGACUAUGUUCUCGAGUGGCAGAACGGUGCUAAAACCAUCUUGGACAAUCUCAAGGUCAAGUAA